AGACGUUGCUACCAACUGCAGACAAUGUCACGAGGCAAGGUUGAAACGAUCCUGUCGAAACUGCUUCUAAAAUUAUUCGGGAAACGAACUUCUAAAAUUUGUAUAAAAAGGUCCAUCGUUCCUAGCCAGGUCAGACAGAUUCGUGUAGCCAAGCAGCCGCACCAUGAAGUCCAUAAGCCUGAGCGCGCUGGUCGUCAGCCUGCUAAGCCAGCAAGUCAUCGCAGGCUGGUUUGGAGACAACUAUUACGGCUUCGGAAGUGACUUGGGUGGCGGCUACGGUGGCGGCUACGGUGGCGGAUACGGCAGCGGAUUCGGAAGCGGGAGUGGACUGAGUGGCUUCGGGAGCGGCUUCGGUGCCGGAUACGGCAGCGGCUUUGGUGGCUUCGGUGGCGGAUACGGUAUCGGAAGUGGAUUGAGCGGAUUUGGCGGAAACGGUGGAUUCUGGGGCAACAGUUAUGGCAGCGGCUACGGAGUUCCGAGGGUCGUUCUAUAUCCCGUUGUUUUGCCGAGCAGAAACGGCAGAUUAUGGGGAAAUAACGGCGGCUGGUACGGAAACAGCCCUCUUGGUUACUGGAGGCCAUGGAGUUAUCCAGUCAACGCAUGGAGGUUGCUUCCUGGACAGUUUGGAGUCAGCCAACCUGACAUUGGACUGUGGGGUCCGCGCACAGUAGGUUCACCGGCCACGUGGUUCACGUCGGGUAAUGUCGGUAGUCAAGGCCCUUCAGAAGUACUCUACAGAUUACCUGUGCUUGGAGGAAAUGUAGGGGUGAGCGGAGACGGAGGAAGCGACUACGAUAGCACUUACGAUGACGGCAGUAGUCCAUCCAGCUGGAGUAGCCAAAAUGGCGGUUACGGAUUUGGUGGAACCUACGGCAGCCUGGGGAGCUUAGGCAGCCUGGGUGGUAGCAGCGGUCGGCCAAGCGGAUUUGGCGGCAGUUUUAGCCAGUUUAGUGACGAUAGCGACCGCUAUUACGAUUUGAGCAGUGGAUCAAGAGGAAGUGGUAGUUAUGGCAGUUUGAGCAGUGUAUCGGGAACAAGCGGGUUUUUGGGAGGACUUGGUGGUCUCAGUGGAGGCGUUAGUGCUUUUCCUAGCCAAUUCGGUAGUUUUGGACAGCUGGGAGGACUAAGUGGAUAUGGCAGUCUGGGUGGUUUCAGCAGUCCUUACCUGAGAUUGCUGUGCCGCGUCACUGGUCUCUCGCCAAGUAGAGUACUGCGCCUUUACAGGAAGUACAGAAGAAACGGGAUCAGGGGCAGCUUUCUGACGUACCUGAGGCGAAAGGGAUACCUCGGUGGCUACUAUGGUGGAUUUCCUUUUGGCGUUACACAGGGUAGUGGAAGCCAGCCAGGAAGUGGUGGAAAUUACUUUUACUGGAGACCACAGCCAAGUUACUACUACACUUGGGGUACUCCCGGUGGUAGCUAUGGUGGAAGUUCCAACGGUGGACUCGGUGGAUCAACUAGCGGUAGUUACGGCUGGUCUAGCUACCCGAUCGGAGGAAGCUCUGGCAGCAGCAGCUCUUGGGGUUCAGGAAGUUCUGGGAGUUCUUGGGGGAAUGAUGGGCAGACGCAAGUAAAAUUGUUUUAGAAAUAAAAUUCGGUACUGGAACUCAGAACUAACUGCAAGACUUCAUCAUCGGAACGAUGUACCAUGCCAGUUUAUGAAUUGUGUACCGUGUUUUCGCGUUGGGAAAUAAAAUUUACCUAGAUUUUUCGUGCAA